UUCGGACAUGACAUGAGUUGUGGAAUUGCGUGUUGGAAGCUGGCCAACAGCCAGAACACCCUCAUAUUGGACUCACAUUUUGGUUUUGUUUGUUGGACUUGUCGCGCGACCCUUGCGACAACUUGUUGACUCACACCAGCCCGGCCCCGUGAUUCAACUCUGAAGAAAGUCAACGCUUGAGCGAGAUGGAGAACAAGGUGUUUGUUUAAGCGGAUUUAAGCGCGGUUGCAGGCCCCCUAUGGCUUUGUUGGUGGAACCUAGGGGCAUUCGUCAUUGGAAUCAAGAAUGCAGUAGCUGCAGCUGAGAGUCCGUCGCCGCAGCUCCCUUUGACCAAGUCUGUGGUUUUCACUUGUCAACAGAUAUCAUCGACACCAGGCUCGUUUCAGCAAUGUUCUGUCAGGAGUUGGCCCAGAAGACCGCGGAGUCUGAGGCGGCCUACCGCGCUAUGCAGGCCGCUGACCAGGCGGCCUAUCGCGCUGAAACAGAAAGGCUGGCCGACAACUUUGUGGCGGCAACCAUGGAGGAGUUCAUGCAGAAGUGCAAUCAAGCGGCCGAGCAGUGGCAGCUUAAUUGCAGCUUGACCAUUGAGAUCCAAGACCUGUGCGACAGGGAUGGGGGCAAAGAACUGGUGGUGAAGAAAUUCAAGAAGCAGAUGGCCGAACUGGGAUUUCUGAAGGGAGUGGGAGUUCCAUAUGUGUUCUUACAUGGAGUGCGAUAUCCGUACAAAAAACAUCGUGAUUAUAUCGCUCAUAUAUUAUUGAAUUCGAACGCCGGCCCACUGAUCCUGAUGGCUGUCCUACUGGCCGUGAUGCUUGGAUGGAUGAUUCAAUUGAUGAUGAAUGGAGGGAAACCGGAUUUGCGAGUGUUCCUUGAGCUGCAAGGCAAUUGGAAUGCAAAAGCUUGCCGCGUGGAGAAGCCGAUGCCUGGAGGCACUUUGAUCACCUGUCCCAUUUGCCACGAGCAUCGUCCAGGUGUCGCCCUCGUGCCCUGUGGCCAUGUGAUUUGCCGCGACUGCCCGAGUGGCCAGCGCAUGCGUCGGUGUCCCAUGUGUCGUGAAUCAAUAUCUGCUGCGACACGAGGGCUUUUCUUGGACUGAAGCUCAAGAAGAGAAUUGGAAGAAGAUGCCUUUGCAUUUGGAGCUGUUCUUGUCAGCACGUUGGGAUGGCAUUGGGGGAAUGGCCAUCCUUGGCAUCUGACAAAUUGCCCCAAGAGCAGAGGCCGAUGUGAGACUCUUUAUGCCCGGUGGAGGAUCUUGAAAGAUGAAUGGCUUUGACUUGGUCGCUUCUUGCAGGAGACCUGCAAGAAGCUGCAUGAGUGUUUCAAUAUGUUUCAAUGACAUCCCUACAUUGCAUCCGUUUGCCACGUUCUCCACUUCAGUGCGAAUAAACUAUGUUGCAAACACAGGUUUUUCCUUUUGUGUUUUUAGGCCGCUGUUGCUUUGGUGCAGGAGGAACUCUGACAAAUCACUCCACAAAAGCUUGAUGCUGGAGUCCUUCUCCAGCUAUCUCACAGGCAUUCGCAACAUACAUAAUUCAGUGGUGCCCACAAGUGGCAUUGCAUGAAACGCAAGCAGAAGCACGAAGAAACCAUAGCAGAGAAACAAAGUGAACCUGUGAAAUGUGUCCAUUUUUGGGACAUUACAACUUGCUGUGC